GCUCUCCAUCUCGUGCUCCAUCUCCCUCUCCAUCUCCCUGUCUCAUGCUCCAUCUCCCUCUCCCUCUCUUGUUCUCCAUUCUCCCUCUCCCUAUCUCGUGCUCCAUCUCUCUCCGUCUCUUGCUCCAUCUCCCUCUCCGUCUCGUGCUGCCUCUCCCUCUCGGCGCAUCGUCUCCAUUGCCACCAUCAUUGUCUCCAAAUCUGGUGCAGCCAACAGCUCCCGCCCUUCACAUCUUCCCCGGCAGAUGUUCUGCAUUACAGGUUUUGAGGAUGGACUCAGGCUGGUCAAGGUCAGAGGAGAAGCUAUGUAGGUGGGCAUCUAAACUAGCUCAAUGGGAAGUUGCAGAUGUUGCUAACAGUACUAUGGUUGGUGUCAUAGAACUAGAUUCAGAAAAGGUCCAGCUGCUAUGUGAUGCAGCUAAUGAAGAAGUAGAUGAGAAAAAUAAAGAUCAAAUUGCAAACUUCCUAUGUCCAGAAGAUUUUUUUAUAAUAUUGCAUGACACCCUGGCUGAAAGGGAACAAGUGACCGAAUUACAACCAGUUCCAGAUGCUCAUGUACCAGUAAUGAAAUUCAAGUUCUACAGAAUAUCAGUUGAUCUUCUUUAUGGUAGUGGGUACUCAUGUUCCUCUUGGUCCAUGAUAUCCCGGCUUUUUGUCAUUUCAUUCGUAUAA